AGAACCAGCAGAUCUAGGCAGGCCAGUCAACUCCGCUCCAUCGUCAGCAUGGAGAUGGCGCUGGCAGCACGGGACCUGUUCACUCCCGCCGGCACCAGCGUACCGCUCCUUCUGCUCGUCGCCGGCCUCACCGCCGUCCUGUACGCCGUGACCCGCCACAGGAGCGGCGGGCUGCGCCUCCCGCCCAGCCCAUUCGGCCUGCCCAUCCUCGGCCACCUCCACCUCCUCGUGCCGCUGCCGCACCAGGCGCUGCACCGCCUGGCCGAGCGCCACGGCCCGCUCCUCUACCUCCGUCUCGGCUCCGUGCCCUGCAUCGCCGCCUGCUCCCCGGACGCCGCCCGCGAGGUGCUCAAGACCCACGAGGCCGCGUUCCUGGACCGCCCCAAGCCGACGGCGGUGCACCGCCUCACCUACGGCGGCCAGGACUUCUCCUUCUCCGCGUACGGGCCCUUCUGGCGCUUCAUGAAGAAGGCGUGCGUGCACGAGCUCCUCGCGGGCCGCACCCUCGACCGCCUCAGCCACGUCCGCCGAGAGGAGGUGGCGCGCCUCGUGGACUCCCUCGGGCAGAGCGCCGCGGAGGGCAAGCUCGUGGACGUGGACGCCGCGCUCAUGGGCCUCACCGGAGACAUCGUCUCGCGGAUGGUGAUGAGCCGGCGGUGGACCGGCGACGACAACGACACCGAGGAGAUGCGGAGCGUGGUCGCCGAGACGGCCGAGCUCACGGGCACGUUCAACCUGCAGGACUACAUCGGCGCGUUCAAGAACUGGGACGUGCAGGGCCUCGGCAAGCGCAUCGACGCCGUGCACCGCAAGUUCGACGCCAUGAUGGAGAGGAUACUCACGGCAAGGGACGUCAAGCGGCGGCAGCAACGGGAGGACGGCGGUGAGGGGGAGGGGAAGGACAUUCUUGACAUACUGUUCGAUAUGCACGAAGACGACGACGCCGAGAUGACGCUCACCAGAGACAACAUCAAGGCUUUCAUGCUGGACAUCUUCGCGGCGGGGACGGACACGACGACGAUCACGGUGGAGUGGGCUAUUUCGGAGCUGAUCAACAACCCAGACGUCCUCCGGAAGGCCCAGGAGGAGAUGGACGCGGUGGUGGGCAAGGACCGGCUGGCCGACGAGUCGGACAUCCCAAACCUGCCGUACCUGCAGGCCGUGGCCAAGGAGACGCUGCGGCUCCACCCGACGGGCCCGCUGGUGGUGCGGCGGUCCCUGGAGCAGUGCAAGGUGAGCGGGUACGACGUGCCGGCCGGGGCGACGGUGUUCGUGAACGUGUGGGCCAUCGGGCGCGACCCGUCGUGCUGGCCGGAACCGCUGGAGUUCCGGCCGGAGAGGUUCCUGGAGGGGGGCACCAACGCCGGGACGGACGUGCGCGGGCAGCACUUCCACAUGCUGCCUUUCGGGUCCGGGCGGAGGAUCUGCCCCGGCGCGUCGCUGGCCAUGCUGGUGGUGCAGGCGGCGCUGGCCGCCAUGGUGCAGUGCUUCGAGUGGCGGCCCGCGGGCGGCGCGGACAAGGUGGACAUGGAGGAGGGGCCCGGGCUGACGCUGCCGCGGAAGCACCCGCUCGUCUGCGCCGUCGCGCCAAGGAUCCACCCGCUGCCGCUCGCCUGAGCUGAGCUGCCGCGUCGGGUCGGGUGUACGGGGACUGGACUGGAUUCGCGCGUUCUAUCAAGGCGCAUUAAAGAGUCAGAGCUGGGAAGGAAUUUUCCAUAAAAAUAGCUGUACGGUGUCAGUUUGUUUGUGCGUUCAUUAUGGUUUCUUAUUACUACACAAGUAGCUGGAGUACGAAUCUCCUCUGUCACUUCACUAUUUUUUUAAAUAAAAAUAGCUAACUGCUUCCUCGUCC